AAAAAGAAAAUAAAUAAAAAAUAUUAAUAAAUUAAAUUAAAUUAAUAAAAAAAAAACAUAAUAAUAAUAAAAUACAGGUUAAAGUGACUAUAACAGCGUAAGUAGGGCGCUAAAGUGCAAAGAUACAAUUUAAGUAAUAAUAAUAAUAUAAACAUACAAAUUUAAAUUAAAUGCUGCUUCAGCAAGAGUAACACUAUGAGAAUACCAAGAGAACUGGAGUCUUCUCACCUGCAACCUAUGCAAACAUACUUACUGUCCAGACGAUCCCGAACGGCAGCCGAAUGAACUGAACUGCCUGCAUAUAAUUUGCUCCGGCUGUGCAAAGCCUGCAGUUUGUUUCGCCGACUAUUAAUCUGGCCCGAGCCAAGUUAGAGCAGCAGAGCGACUAAAAAAUGCAACUUGCGAAAACCCAAAUGAUUGACAACAAUGACUGCACAUAGGUGCAGCCAUUGCCAACCCAAAAUCAGCAACCGAAUAUGCAGACCGGCUUUGACUUCGACUUGCCCAGCACAUCAGCUGCUGCAGCGGCAGCCGCUGCAGCUGCAGCACAUUCCACUCAAGGCGACAGUUUCCCGGUUCUUCCCAUUUUUCCGAUGAGCGCAGUGGAAUUAAGUCCCACCCCCUCAUCUGCACGCAAUCCCGUUUACUUUCUAGAUAUGGAAAUGUCAGGAAAAGCGAUAGGUCGCAUUUUAAUCGAAGUGUGCGCCAAUGUUGCCCCGCGAAUGGCAGAGAACUUCCAUUCGCUCAUUAUGCACCAUCGCGGCUUUGGGUACAAGGGCUGCAGCGUAUUUCAGAUCUGGAACAAUGAAAGCAUCACCACAGGCGACUUUGAGUUGCAGAAUGGUCGUGGUGGCUAUUCAGCACUCGAGGAGCGCUUCUUUAUGCCAGAUAAGACCGGAUUGCCCGCCAAGCGAGGCGCCGUGGGCAUGCGCCGGGGUCUGCAGCGAUAUGACAACCACGGAUUUGUGGGUAGCCAGUUCCGCAUGGUAAUCAAUGAUGUACGGACCUUUACGGCCAUAUUUGGCUUUAUUAUUGAUGGUAUCGAAGUGCUGGACAAAAUUGGUAGCACAGGCGAUGCUCAUGGAAAUCCGACGGUGAGCAUUUCUAUCAAGGAUUGUGGUGUAUGUGGGGUCGGUACUUUCGAAAAAGAUUAGCUAUGUGGUAGCCCUGACAGUUUAGCCUAAAGACUAUUGUAUUCCAUUAUAUAAACUAACACCUCCCGUAGCACAGCUUUUAACAGAACCUUCUAAUAAUAUGAACAAAAAAAAAAAAAAAAAAAAAAAAAUACAAUACUAUAUAGAGAUGAAAGCGAACGAAUCAAAACAAUCCAUGAAGAAUAUAUGUUAUGUAUAAACAAACACAACCAAUUGUCAAUGAACAAUAAUAAUACAAAGCUGCUUAAGGCAGUGAAACAAAGGUAUUCAAAUUAUUGAUAAAAAUGUCUGAAAAGGUUAGAGAUAACUAUGCCAAAACAACUGCAAACCAUCCAAGUCAGAGUCAAAGUACUUUGCAACAUGAACAUUCAUGAACAUGCUCAAUGGCAAAAUAUUACGAAUUUAUAUAUUGAAACUGGACUCUGAUUUAAAGUUCAUUUACAACAUUGAUUAGUUCUUUGAAUAUGAGGUAAUACUUUUGAAGCCAUAUUGAUUAAAGAUAUCAAUAAUUGACGAUUUCAAAAGAAAACUUACAAACAAUUAGGAUUGCAAUUUUAUGAAGAUGGCAAAUGUGCUUAAAAGUGAAUCAAUCAAUUUGAUUAAUUAAAAUGAUUCAAACUCAGUUAAAAAAACACACUUUGAUUGAAUACUUAAAAAAAAAAAAAAAAAAAAAAAAAGAUCUUUUUCGAGCGAUUACUAAUAUUAGAAAUAUGCAUAUAUUUAAAAAAUAUCUAAAUGUCAUUGAUGUGUUUAAUCGUCAAUAAAUAUUUGUGUUAUGUGUCUAAUAAUAUUCGCAAAUGGAAGUUAAAAUAUUAAUGAAUGGUGAAUUUCUAAAUAAUAAAAAUACUUAAGUACAAAAUUCUAUUAGCUUGCUAAAAAGCAGACACAUAACUGUGCCAAAAAGAAGAAUUGAACUAUUUUUCCAAUAUGCUAUUCCAGUAAAAAUAUUGUAAAACCUAAUAUGAAAAUUAACUUUUGCAAAAUUAAUUAGAAUGAACCCUCUUUUAUUGAGUUCAAUUUUACAAAAUAUCUCAAGACGGUUAGUGAUAAGCGGUUAAUUUGAUAUGCACUUUACCGAAGAUAUAAAAAUGCAUCGAAAAUCACAUAUACUUGCUAUACACAACUUUUGAAAGUUUUUUUUUUAAGAAAUCCUUACAGAUUUUUUAAACAAGUAUACAGUCGGGAUCAUCUGUCUCAUUCCGUCAUCAGUUUACAAUACAAUUUUAAAGGAAGUCAUAAACUUCUAGCAACUGGAAUACAUAUUUUGAGAAAAAAUUUUUGUCUACACAGAUUUAAAUCUAAACGAAAUUAUUUUCGGAAAAUCUUGAUAAUUAAAAUAUAUAUAUAUAUAUAUAUAUAUAUA